AUGGAAGAACAAAUUCAUGUUGGGAGAAAUAUCCAUUGGUAUCAUGGUAGUAGUUAUUUUAUAAAUAGUGCUCCUUCGAUGGAAGGGAUUAAUCCAAUAAUGAGAGGAUUUUAUACCGGUAGAAAUAUAUGGAAUAAUGAUUAUAGAUUUCUACCUUAUAAUAACAACUUCCUUCAACCAUCAUGGAGAGGAUUGGUGGUUCCAAUGGCGAUGGAUUGUCUCGACUGUCAAUAUUUGCAAGCGGUGAUUGAAGAGGGUGACCCAAGAUAUAUUGCUAGGAUCCUUUUUGAAAUAAAGGAUGAUUUACACGAGCUCAUGAAGCACCAGUUUGGCAACUAUUUGAUUCAAAAGAUUUUUGAAGCAAAUACUGGUAUCACUAAUAUCCAAGUAGAUUCUAUUGUUUACUUGAUUAUUUCUAGUACUCAAAAGUUCAGUGAUGUCUGCAAGAACAAUCAUGGAACUCGGGUUGUGCAGAUAAUGGUGGAGAAUAUUAAAUGCCCAGUAACAAAAUAUGCGGUAUUGUAUAAGAUGAAGCCUAUCAUUGUUGAAUUGAUGAAAAAUAUUAAUGGUGGUUAUGUUAUUGUGCAAUGUGUGAAGGUUUUCCCACCCGCACUCAAAAAGGUGAUCUUGGACGAACUAGCAAAAUAUUGUGUUGAUAUUGCGACGCACAAGAUUGGAUGUUCAGUUCUUCAAAUUUGUCUUAAAGACAGUGAGAUACUAGCCAUGGAUUUGAUAACUGCAAUCAUCUCAAAUGCUAUGUUUCUAGCAGAAGAUCCUUACGGAAACUAUGUGGUGCAAUUUAUAAUUAAAAUGGAGUUUCCGUUUGUAAAUGAACGGAUGAUGGCACAACUUUAUGGAAAAUUUGCUAGACUCUCUAUGAACAAGCAUGCUAGCAAUGUGGUGGAAGAUCUAAUGAGAUGUUCUAAUCAAGAUGAUGUUGAUUCUAUAGUAGAAGAGCUAAUAAGAAGCAACAAUUUCUUGAAUGUUAUCCAAGAUCCUUAUGGGAAUUAUGUUGCACAAAGAGCACUAAAAUGCACUCAGAAAGAGGGAUUGAGUCAUUCGGCUGAAGCAGUUGAUAAUUCACUUCAAUUAGUUUUGGAUAAAGAGCCUAGGACUUAUGUUCAUGUUACACCUUUGAUGGGAGGAAAAUAUUUUGUUGAAAGUGACCCCUCAUGGGGGACUAUGGAGGUUGACCAAAUUUUGCUUGUGCCAAUGGAUGAUAUAAUCAUAGGAGGAUGUAGUGAAUUGAUACAUAUGCACCCUAUUUGUGUGGAAGAACAUUCAUUUUCUGGCCCACUAACUGCAAACUGGUUGAAAGAUGUGUCUGACAAUUGGAAGUUGUACAGUGGUACCGGUGGUUUACCGUUUAUGGUGAAUCAAGUGAAAGAAGAAGCUAAGAAGGAGAACUGA